AUGUUCAGAACUUCUCAAAAAUAUUUGUGGACAAAUAAAGGUCUUAGUGAUCGUUUUCAUCCAUAUGGAAACAUCAUUACAUCUACGAUUCAACCACAUCGAUCAAUUGUAUUAACACCAUGUCGAUAUUAUAAAACAGCAAAUUUUAACUCACGAAAUUAUUAUGAUUUACUUGGUGUUGAACGAACAGCAACACAAAAAGAAAUAAAAAAAGCGUUUUAUAAAUUAUCAAAAGAAUAUCAUCCUGAUUUAAAUGCAGCUGAUAAAUCACUUCAUGAAAAAUUCGUUAAAAUCAAUGAAGCUUUUAGUAUACUGAGUAAAGAAUCGACACGAACUACUUAUGAUCAAUCUCUUAAUUUCAUAUCUCGUUCUCCAUAUCAAUCAUAUUCUCAUCAAUCAUCAUCAGAUUGGUCAAAUAUAAAUUAUACUAGCCGAAGUACAAAUCAACGUCGAACGAAUACAACUGAAUCGACUUGGAAUACACCACAUUAUGAUAAAGCAUUCUAUGAUAUGCUUCGUCGAAAAAUGGAACAUGAUAGACAACGUUCAGACACUUAUUCAAAUUAUUAUCCUCCAGCACAUAGUUUACCAAAUACUUAUUUUACUUCAAUAUCGGUUAUAGUAAUUGUUAUUGCAUUGGGUAUGUUUAUUCAUGCAUUACAAUGGCGUACUAUGCGUUUUUCUGAUGCACAAUAUACUAUUGAUCCGAGAACACGACAUUAUCGUGCUUAUCGUGAAUGGCAACGAUUAAAUGCUCUUAAAGAUAUUGAAUCUACAUCAUCAGAACGAGAAUUUUCUACAUCAUCAACUGAAGAAAAAUAA